AAUAAUAAUGUAAACAUUAUUGCAAAAUUAAACAUUGAGAAAAAUAAUUAAUGAGAUCCAAGAGAUGGAUCUUGCUAAAAAAAGAGGAACAUGACAAUAUUUUGCCAGUCCCUAUUUCUCAUAAACAUCCAAAUAAUUUGCCUAAAAAACUUGCUUUAAUUUUCUCAUGCCAGCUAAAAUCCCAAGAGGUCACACAUGAUUCCCUUCCCACACUUGGACUUAUUUAUUUGUUCGUAUUAUACAUUAGAUUUUUUAUUUUUAUUUAUUUUUAGGUAGAGUGAUCAACUAAGACUCGACUCCCUAUAAAAUCCCCAUCACUCCCAACAUUCAAAUAUAUCCCAUCAGUCCUCUAACCCUAGCCAAACACUUUUGUGUUUUGAGAGAUCAGAGAGAAAGAUGGGUCGUUCCAAAACUUCCUCUGCCUCACUUGCCAUAUUCCUCACACUAAACAUUCUUUUCUUUACUCUUGUAAGUGGUUGUGGCUCAUGCCGUGGUGGCGGUGGCGGUAGUGGUGGCAGUGGCGGUAGAGGUGGUAGUGGUGGAAGAGGUGGUGGUGGGGGAAGAGGUGGCGGCGGUGGUGGUGGUAGAGGUGGUGGUGGAGGUUCAGGUGGAGGAGGUUCAGGUGGAGGCGGUUCAGGUGGAGGCGGCUCAGGUGGUGGUGGCGGUGGAACUCCAAGCCCUGGCACCGGUGGUGGCGGCGGUGGUGGUGGAACUCCAAGCCCUGGCACUGGCGGUGGCGGCGGCGGUGGUGGUGGCAACGGAAGUACAGCAACAUGCCCUAGGGAUGCCCUUAAGUUAGGGAUUUGCGCUAAUGUUCUUGGAGGGUUGAUUAACGCCACCAUUGGAACUCCUCCGGUGACACCUUGCUGUACUCUUAUCCAAGGCCUUGCUGACCUUGAAGCAGCCGUGUGCCUUUGCACCGCCAUUAGGGCUAAUAUUCUAGGUAUCAACCUCAACAUCCCACUUUCACUGAGCUUGCUUCUCAACGUUUGCUCCAGAAAUGCCCCACGUGGAUUCCAGUGUUCCUAAUAAACUACUACCUACGUACGUACCAAAAUGAUUCAAUGAUUUCUUCUUUCUUUUUCUCUUAAUACCUACCCUUUUGGUUCUUCACCAUAUGAUAUAUCCACUUGAUAUAUUUACAUAUAAUAAUUAUUAUUAUUGCUUUUAUGAUUAUUUUCUUAAGUUUAAAAUCCUACCUAUCAUGUAUCACGUGAUGGUUUUUAAAUAGUGUGUGUGUUUGUGUGAGUCUUUAAUUUGUACGUGGAAAUCUCCCAUUUCCUUUCGUUUAUUAUGGCUUUGUUUGAUUUGUGGGUGAUAAUAAAUAAAUUUAAGCAUAGUAUUUGUGUUAAA